AUGGCGACCGCCGCAGCCGCCGAUCCGCGCUCCUUCACCUCCGCCGACGAUGCCUUCCAGUACCCGGUGCCCGUCGUCCGCAAGCUCGAGCAGCAGCUCCGCCACAAUGCCGACGAAAACCGCGAGAAGCUGCGCUCGCUGGUCGGCGCGAGCUAUCGCGACCUGCUGGGCACCGCCGAGCGCAUCAUCGAGAUGGACUCCCAAAUGCAGCGCGUCGAAUCCACCCUGGGUGUGAUUGGCCAAAGGUGCAAUUCGCGGAGGAUGGAGAGCAUAACCAAGAACUAUCGGGGCCUCGCUGCCCAUUCGCGUAAGCUCGACGCCGAGCGCUUCUCGUUCGCCGCCCAGCUCGCCCUGCUCCAGACCUGUCCCACCGUUAUCCGCCGCACGCUGAAGAAGGGCUCGACCCUGCUUGCCGCCAAAAUCCUUGUCAUUUCUCGUCUCUUGCACAAGAAUCUCUCCGAUACUCCCGAUGCUCCUCCGUUCGUCGACGCUCUCAAGAAUCAGCUCGCUUCGUUGCGCCGGAAAUUGUUGCAUGCAAUCGACAAGCAGUUCUCACGCUUCAAUUCGGAUACCCAUGAUGUGCUCGAGAGUAUGUGUGCUUUCUCAUUGGCCACGAGCUCUGCUCCGAGCGAUGUUUUGCGCCACUUCCACCAUGUUCGUCUGGAAUCAAUCACGAGACUGGUUGACGAAGGCCGCACUUCUCAGGACCACCUUCCUCGCGCCCUGAGAUUGUACGUUCGCACUUUGGUCGACACCCAGGCCAUCUUUCCCCAGCGUCUCGCCGAUGCUCUAGUCCGUUUGAAGGCCCGUCCGCUUCUUCAGGAUCCCGAGAUUCAGGCCAUUGUUGAACUCAAUCUCGAAGUCCACGAGCGCUGGAUUGCGGGCGAGGUGAGGAACUUUACCCCAUGGCCACGACAUGAUGAACUCUCCAAGCCCGACGCAGAGAAGCUCUUAAAAACUUGGGCAAGGCAGGCGGUGCAAGCUUUCCUUGACAGCACCCGUGGCGUCUUGGCUGAACACGACGACCCCAAGACUGUACUCCAUGUGAGGAGAGAGAUGUUGGAAACUUGGCUCUCAUCCACCAAUCGUGGCCUCGGUGUCGAUCCGUCUUCUGUAUUGGAUGAUCUCAGAACUGUUCUGAACGACCGCCUCCGCACUCUGCUGACCGAACGCGCGCUGCGACUUAACCUGGUUACCUCUGAUCUUUCCCGUAUACUUGAUGCCUGUACAGGUGAUGAUGAACACCGAGCAGUGUCUUUGUGGGAUCCAUCUACGCCCUACAUUGAUACCUCGAACGGAGCUCCUGCCUUCAAGCGAGCAAUCAUUGAGCGAAGCCAUGGCCUCGAUACUUCCCUUCUGCAGCUAAUCGCUUCAUACGACUUGUGGGCUAGCUCGCUCGAAGGCGCUUAUGCUGUAAUCAAAGAGAUGAAGGACACGAGAUGGGACGAUGACCUCGAUGCAGACGAUGGGGAUGAUGACUUCGAACUAGAAUCCAAGCAAGCCCUCCUGAGCGAGGACGACCCCCGCUCGCUCGAGGAUUCCUUGAAGGACGCUCUCUCCGCCGCCUUUGCAGAACUACAAAAGGACGUAGACACCCUCGUUUCAAACACCGUCGCAGACCCAGACCUCGCCGCCCCCAAGACGAUCCUGCUCACCCGCGCCCUCCGGGAGGUCAGCCAGCGCCUGGGCGCCCUCUCCGCAGCCAACAGGCGCAUCGUCGCCUCAUCCACCGUCUUCCCUCCCUCCGUCACGCGCCCCCUCCACCUCUCAAUCGCGAAGCUCGUCUCCCAGUCGCCCCUCGCCGUCUACGGCGCCGCGACGAAGAAGCUGGCCCGCUCCCGCCGCGCGAGGGCGAGGGCGCUGUGGGAAGGCAACCCGCAGCUGCCGGUGCAGCCGUCCGUCAGCGCCUUCAAAUACCUCUGCGCCUUGCACCGCGAGAUGUGGACGUGCGGCGGGGACCUGUGGUCGCCCGGAGCCGUGGACGUGCUCAAGAAUGAGAUUUCGGACGCGACGGCCGCCAUCCUGCGCGGAUGCGUCGAAGCGAUCACGGUCGUGCCCGGUGCCGAGGACGGAGACGCCGCCGAUAGGGAAGACGAAAAGGAUGAAGGAGGCGAGGACGGGUCACGGCGGGAAGCAAACGGCACUGGGGAAGAAGAUGCCGCCGGUGGGGGAGACGCGACGGCCACGAAUGAUGAGGAGAAGGCGGUGGAGGAAGAGAAAGAACACCGCACUCCUUCUCCCAGCGCCGAGGUUCAAAAGGACAAGCUCAUCCACCUGCUUUUCGACGUUUGCUACCUGCAGCGCGUAUUGGCUCAGAGGGUCGCAGAAGGAGGACCAUCACCUUUCGUGGCGCUUGAGAAGCAGUUGCAAGAGGCGUCUGGGGCGGACAAUGCGGUAUUGGAGCGUCUGAAGAAGAACGCAGGCGAUUAUUGGCGGAAGAGCUACCUUUUGCUCGCUCUGCUUUCUUAA